UUUACCAAUCAGAAACCUAACACUAAACUCUCUCUGUCUCUCUCUCUUACAUAUAUAAAAACAAACCUCUCCAACUCUGAACUCAACUCAUAUCUCUAAUCACUAAAACAUACCACAAAGAAGAAACAUAAAAAAAAAAAGUAUGGCGGCUUAUCUAGAGCGAUGCGACAGUGUAGAAGAAGAUUACAUUGAUAUGGAAGUAACUUCUUUCACAAACCUCGUACGUAAAACUCUGAGCAACAACUACCCUCGAGAGUUCGAGUUCCAAAUGUCUCAUCUUUGUCCUCUUGAGAUAGACAAAACCACUUCCCCUGCGGACGAACUCUUCUACAAAGGCAAGCUUCUCCCUCUUCACUUACCUCCACGUCUCCAAAUGGUCCAAAAGAUUCUAGAAGAUUACACCUUCGACGACGAAUUCUACAGCACUCCUUUAGCCACCGGAACGGUUACAACUCCAGUGACGAGCAACACUCCGUUCGAGUCCUGCACCGUCUCUCCGGCAGAGUCUUGCCAAGUGAGUAAAGAGCUUAACCCUGAAGACUACUUCCUAGAAUAUUCAGAUUCAUUGGAGGAGGACGAUGAGAAGAAGAAAUCUUGGACCACGAAACUAAGAUUGAUGAAGCAGUCAAGUCUCGGAACGAAGAUUAAAGCUUCGAGAGCUUAUCUAAGAUCGUUCUUUGGUAAGACAAGUUGUUCUGAUGAGUCAUCAUGCGCGUCUUCCGCUGCGAGAGUUGCAGACGAAGAUUCGGUUUUGAGGUAUUCGCGAGUAAAGCCUUUUGGACAGAUCAAAACAGAGAGACCUAAAAAACAGAGUAAUGGUUCUGUUUCCGGAAGCCAUAGGAGAUCAUUUUCAGUUUCUAUGAGGAGGCAAGCUGCCAAGAGUUCUAACAACAAAUCAUCGAAUAGUUUAGGGUUUCGUCCGUUGCAGUUUUUGAAGAGAAGUACGAGUUCGAGUUCUGAAAUUGAGAAUUCUAUCCAAGGAGCUAUCUUGCAUUGCAAGCAAUCACAGCAGCAGAAGCAGAAACAGAAACAGUAUAGUACUGUUAACGAGGUCGGAUUCUGUUCGUUGUCAGCGUCAAGAAUCGCAGCUAGGGAUGAUCAAGAAUGGGCUCAGAUGUUUAGGGGCUAACUAAAGAUAUCGGUCAUGAAGAAAGUUAAGAAGGAAAUAAGAGUUGAGCGAGAGUGAGAGAACUAGAGAAUAAAUUCUUUGUUUUCUUUGUAUUUUGCCUCUUCUUUGUUUUGAGGUUACAUAAAUUCACAAUGCUUUUUUUGGAUUCAACUCAUUUUACUUGUGAUUUGAGGUUUUUUUUAGAUCCGACUCAAAUAUGUUCGGAUUUGUAAACCAAUGCACAUGUCGUCUAAUGUAAAAUUCUGAUGUGGUAAAACUUUUUUUAAUACCAAAGUGAGAGUUAC